CGCAAACGAACUGCCGCGCUGAAGUAUAUUUAUUUUGUUAUUUCGAGAAAGCAACUUUGCUAAUCGACAUCUGAAUCCUCACCAAGCAACCAUGUCAAUGUCAAACUCGAGAAAUUGCAUAUCGUCAGCGUUUCGCACGCACCAACCCAGAAAAAUAAUGCGCUCUCCUUCAUCCUUUCUGCUUUUCCUCGCCGCAUUGCUAGUUUUCACACCCGCGGCUCCAGCUUCCGGCAUUCGCUUACAGCGCACAUCUGACAGCAGCGCGGAUCAUGCGCCAGCAGCGGAUGUUCAGAUUCAAGAGUACACAGCUGGUGACGU